AACAAGUGUACAACACACAAUUCCAGUACAUACUGUAGUCUUCUGCACAUAAUAAAAAUAUCUUCGUUAACACAUUUAUUUAUUACGCUUUUUUUGUAGUGUUAUCAAUACCAACUGCACAUUUUCGCCCCGGUCCAUAUUCCCUUGGGGGUGCAGUGCGGUCAGAAGACUUGUCUUUGAUUCGUCCACUCAGCUGCGCCUCCCAGACCUACGGGAGAGUCACUGCCUCCUGACAGAAGAGGGAUGCUCGCUUCGCCACACCCCCCCUUUUUAAAGACCCGCUGGAUAGCAUCACAGAAGACAACACAAGCAGGACGACAGAGGGAGAGCUGGACCGGGACACAAAUUCACCGUUUAUCAUAAUAACACAACCCCACGACAUGGCAAACAGGGGACCAACCUACGGGCUGAGCAGAGAGGUACAGGAGAAGAUUGAUCAGAAGUACGACCCUGACCUGGAGGGCAUACUGGUGGACUGGAUCAUCGCUCAGUGUGGAGGGAACAUGGACCGUCCUCAAGCGGGGAAAGCACACUUCCAGGCCUGGCUAAUGGACGGGACAUUGCUCUGCAGGCUGAUAAACAGCCUCUAUCCACGGGGCAAGGAGCCCAUCAAGAAGAUCCCAGACACACAGAUGGCCUUCAAACAGAUGGAGAAGAUCUCUCAGUUUCUCAAAGCUGCGGAGGCCUACGGAGUUAUCACCACGGACAUCUUCCAGACAGUAGAUCUGUGGGAAGGUAAAGACAUGGCUGCAGUGCAGAGGACGCUUGUGGCUCUAGGCAGCGUGGCGUUAACUAAGGAUGAUGGAUUUUAUCGGGGAGACCGUAGUUGGUUCCACAGGAAAGCACAAGGGAACCGGCGAGAGUUCUCCGAGGAGCAGCUUCGCCAGGGCCAGAGCUUGAUCGGGCUCCAGAUGGGCAGCAACCGGGGGGCUUCGCAGUCGGGCAUGACGGGGUACGGGAUGCCAAGACAGAUCAUGUAACCCCUCACUGCGCCUCGCUGCAGGAGCAUGGAAAGAGACUCGAGCAGCCCCAACCUUAAAGCCUGGCCCAACUGCCUUGGAUGUCAGGGGUCUGUGUAACGAAGCCAUGACCUGGAAAAAGGAUGUGUUAUACUGGGUGUAUCUCGCUCUCUAGCUACAGUUAUGGCCACAAGUUUGGCAUCGCUACAAUUUUAGGAUUUAGGACUAUAAAUAUUAUUUAUAUUUUGUUUAACAUCAUGUAAUCAAAGACAGUACAAAAUGAUACCGCAGUGGUUUACCGGAAGACAUAAUAGUACAGUAUUUAAUGUUCAAUUUCGAAAGGUCACAUUUUUCCAUUUGUCACUUUUUUGUUAAGUAUAUG